AUUAAACGUUGAAAAUUCACUUCUAGUAUGGGUUUUAUUGUGUCGAAAAUGCCGAGUGUCAAGCACCUAGACCUAAUUUUAUUUUUAACUUGUGCGGUAACGACGAUCGCGUCCACCACGUCCGUCGAAUCGUUGAGUAAGAACAAAAGUAUUUUGAUCCGAAAACACUUGAAAAGACUGAAAAAGAUCGACGGCGGAAUACGUUUGGUGGGCGGAAGGGACGAGUACGAAGGAAACGUGGAAAUACUCUAUCAAGGCACAUGGGGAUCGGUAUGUGAUGACGAGUGGGAUCUUCAAGAGGCCUCAGUCGUCUGCAAACAACUCGGCUACCAGAGUGAAAACGCUCAACCAACCAGCAACAGCUAUUUUGGAAAAUCUAAAAGGAAAUUCUGGCUGGACAACAUCUUCUGCGACGGCUCAGAAGACGAGUUGGCCAACUGCAGAUUUGACUCAUGGGGUAAACAUGAUUGCACUGAUUCUGAGGCGGCCGGAGUCAUUUGCUUGGAGCUAACUCGGAAACCAGUUGAACCUAAAAAAUCUUAUAAAACCAAAAUCAAAAGUGUUGUCAAGAAGAUUCGACUUCAGGGUGGCAGAGUGACAUCAGAAGGAAGAGUUGAGUUUCUUAACACCAGAGGAGGUUGGGAUCAAAUUUGUGCUGAUGGAUGGUCUUUUAGGGAAGCUUUGGUUGUUUGUAGGACCCUUUCUUUAGGUUACGCUGCUGAUGCCAUCCAAACCACUUACUUUGGAGGUAACCUCACAGACACCAGCCUGGCAGGAGUAAAAUGUUUCAGCAACGAAACUGACUUCGGAGAAUGCAUUUAUGAUGAAUCACUCACUGGUAGAUGUGAGGGCAAAGAGGUGGCUGCAGUAGCUUGCACUCACUCUUUGUCAGACCUCGUGAUAGAUCAAGAGGAGCUAAUCAGGUCAGCUUACCUCCAAGACCUCCAAAUGUUCUACCUGCAGUGUGCCAUGGAAGAAAACUGUGCUGCAUCGUCGGCUUAUCAGGUCCAAAAAGAGAACGACGCUUGGCAUUUGGAAACCAGAAGGCUUCUGAGGUUUACCGCAAGGAUUUUGAAUGCUGGAAAUGCUGAUUUUAGGCCGUUGAUACCCAAGCAUUUGUGGGAAUGGCACAUGUGUCACAUGCAUUACCACAGCAUGGAAGUCUUUGCGACAUUCGAUAUCUUCGACUCCAAAGGGAAAAAAGUGGCGGAGGGGCAUAAAGCCUCCUUUUGCCUGGAAGAUAAUCAGUGUCUGCCAGGCGUGGAGCCCAAGUACGCGUGUGCGAACUACGGAGAUCAGGGAAUUACCGUCAACUGUUCGGACAUUUAUAAACAUACCGUCGACUGUCAAUGGGUGGAUAUAUCCGAUCUGGAUCCAGGAAACUAUAGGAUUAAAGUGGCGGUGAACCCGGAAUAUAAAGUGGCCGAAAUGGGUUACGAUAAUAACGCGGCCAUGUGCGAUUUUAUUUAUACGACAGCCCAUGGGUCGGUGAGGAAUUGCCGUUUGGAGUUGCCCUGAUUGGAUUGGGUUGAAUAAACGAUUGUUAAGAAGUUUUUUGAAGUUUAAUUGGCAAAUAAGGCUGGACUAUUACGGUAAAUGGUGGAGGUAUCAGGAAAUUAAGUUAUGAUAGUUAAAAGAAAUUUGAAUGACAAAAUAAAUGAGACUUAAAGCUUUAAAAGAAAUGGUGGAGGUACCAGAACAGUUUUUGACUGUUCAAGAAAUUUAAUUUGAUAAUUAAAGAAAAAGGCGAUAAUUUUGGAUUAUGUACGUUUUACAGUACAGUAAAAAAAUUUGUAGCAAAUGAG